AUGUCUGAAAGUUCAAAACGGGGCGAUAAGGAGGUACCUGCUAACAUUGUUGUAUCCAACACUUCUGGAAAGGAUAGUGUAAUACCGUCCAACACACCUUCCUCCUCUAUAGCUGAUGAUGACUCGUCAUCUUUGAAUGAUGAUCUCCGAAGUGUCAGUGUAAGUAAUCAAGUGAAGAGUUCGUCUAGGAUAUCUAUGGAUUCGAUGAGUGUCAGGAGAAGCUUUGAAUCCACAUCUCAAUUUGGAAGACCAGGCCACGGCAGACCCUUUGCCUUUGAUAAUAUGCGCCAUAGCGGUUCAAUGGAUUAUUCACCACUAGGAAACAAUGCCAUUUUUGAAGUUGUGAUGAAUACUAGAAGGAAAAAUUGGUUGAGUUAUCCUACUGUGUCUGAUAUACCGCCUAUCACAUUAACAAAGAACUCAUUGCCAACUGAAUGGAAAGAGAAGUUAGAUGUCUACAGAAAAUUGAUUAAUUCUGAAUAUUCUGUGUUCAAAGCGACAAAUAAUAUUAAAAGCGCCAACCGAAUGCAACAAAUUAGACAAUUAAGUGACGACAAGCUAGAUGAAAAUGACGCCCUGGAAGAUGAUAAAGAAGUCACCAGUUGGGACACACAACUUAAAAAUGCAGGUGUCCCAGACUUUUACAUGGAUGACAAUUUCAAGCUGGACAAUCCUCGAGUAUUUCAUAAAGUUUUAGAAGGAGUGGAGCUACAAUUAGAGAAUUUCAGUGUAAGUGGUGCAGAAGAUAGAGUGAUAGGAUAUGGCAAUUUAAGAAGAAAUUUGAAUGAUUAUUUAGAUGUUGUCGAGAAUCUCUUAAUAAAAGAGAUCUCAAAAUCGUCCCAUAAAUUUUAUAGAACACUAUCAGAAGUUGAUGACUUAGAGGUAAGUAUCAAAAAAGGCUUAGGACUACUAGAUGAGUUAAGCAAAUCGUUAGUUAAUGUCGAAAGAAAUGAAAUUGAAGUCCGACUCGCAAAACUGAAGAAAAUAUUCAGAAGGAGAAAUGUCGAAAAACUAGAGCAAGGUUUAUUACAAGUUCGGUUAAUUAAAGAGAAAAUAAGAGAAUGCCAGGAGAUCUAUGAGAAAGAAGAAUUACAAAAAUGCUUAGAUCUAACAUCUUCAAUAAACAAUUUGAUACAUGGUGAUAAUAGUGACAAGGUUGUCCAAGCUUGGACUAAUGAAUGGCCUUUCAAGCUCCUUAACCUCAAAUCUGUCCCCGCCUUGUCUGAAUGCAGAGAAUUUAUAACUAAUAUUGCGAUCGAAAUUGGGGGCAAGUAUUCCUUAAUGCUAUGCGACAUCCUAAUAAAAGAUAUCCGUGACUACUGUAUGAAGAAGGAGGGCUCUUUCACGAUUGAGUAUAUUAGAACUACCAAUAAGGAAAAAGAGCAAUAUAACUUCAGUGAAGACUUAAGGAAUAGUAUAGUUGAUUAUAUUAGGAAAUUAUACAGUUGUGAGGAACUAACUGGAGCAUUUGAACUGUAUCAGGAAAGGACUCUUGCAGAGCUGAAGUCAAUACUUAAGGGCUAUCUGCCUCAGGAAAGUUCUAAGCCAAAAUCAGAUGAAAACAUAGCUUCCACGUCAACAUCAGCAGCAUCAGGUUCGAGAUUAGCUCAGUUAAUAAGGGAGCAAACUAAUGACGAGUUUACUAACAUGCUUCAAAGAAUAUUUUCACAUGAAAUCCUGGCUUUACGAAGACUUUAUGGUCACCAAAAGUUGCUUCUUGAUAUCUCAUUAACCGAAAUAAACUCAGUACCUGAACCAAAUGAAAACCAGCAUAACAUGAUAACUCAGUUAGAUAUACGACAAGGAAUUAAUGAGAUCAUCCACGUAAUUCAACUACGUACUGGUAAGAUUAUUGCAGUUAGGCGUGAUAGCACGAGCAGCAUCAGGUUCAACUACUUCUUAAGAUUCUAUGAUGUUUGCGUUACCUUUAUACAAGAGUGUGAAGCACUAUCAGGUGAAUUCUUGACCAAGUAUUUGAGCGAUGUGUUGGCCGCACAAGUCAAGAGUUAUAUCAGCCAGUUUUUCCCACGGAAUAGUAAGAAGUUACAAUCAAUGAUAGUCAACGAAAAAUGGACACCAGCCAUUGUGAACCCUAAUAUCCAAAAAUCGGUUAAUGAUAUGCUGACAAGUAUUGAUAUCGAUCCAUUAGAAUGGACUAAACUGCCGAGUUUAUUGGUGAACGAUCCAAACGAUGGGGAACAAGAAUCUGGGUCAGAACAACCUCAACAAGGACACAGAAAAUCUGUUGUUGUUGGUGAUAAGACAUUUGUUGCCAGUGAGCCUCUAUUAUCGACUUUGAUAUACCUGAAUGAGUUAAUGAUUCUAUCACUAAAUCUGCCAUCCAUAUACCUUCCUUCGCUCGAGAGACAAGCUUACGAUUUCUUGAAGUUCUUCAAUCAAACAUCUAUGAACUCAGUAGCUCCUCAGGGUCAAGCAAUAGGUAAGACAACGAAAAACUUAUCGAUUAUGGGUGAGUCCUUUGACUGUCUGAGCGAGUUCAUAGACAUUCUCCAAAAAUUCUAUCAAAGAUUGGGCCACAAUUUCAAGGAUUACAACCCUUAUCCAGACACCUAUUACAAUGACCUCAGAACAAGAUACAGGACUGCUUCUGAUAGACUUUACCAAGCACAUGCACCACCUCCACCAACUGCAUAG